AUGGAUCUCGUACAGAAAGAGCAUGAGAGGCUCUCAAAGAAGCUCAAGGGAGCUCAGAGUCUCAAAAAUGUGCAAUCCACUAUUGACAUGCUACAAUCAGCCCGGGAUACUAUUGCUGCUGACCCAAACCAAGCAGCCGUAACCCUGGCUAAAUUACAGAACCCUGUUAAGGCAUCUUUUGAGUCUCUCAAUGAUAAUCUGAAGGAAACUCAUAGCGGGCUGAACAAGUACACCAAGUCUCUUGACAAGCUUUUUAAGGACCGACCUCUCCCCAGUACCGAGCUCGAUGCCCUCUCCAAGCAAGAGAACUUGAUCGACCGUGCGAUUGCGAUGCACCUUCUCCGUGAAGGACAAUUUUCAGUUGCUGCAACAUUUCUAUCCGAAAUCUCAGACCAAAAAAACUUGUCCGAUUCUGACUCAAGUCGUUCAACCUCUGAGAGCGCAACCAACCUCUUAGAUGAGGUCCCCUCCGACGAGAUCCGGAGGCAAUUUUCUUCCAUGUAUUACAUCCUUCACGAGCUUAAAGAAAAGAAGAACCUCCUUCCAGCCAUUCAAUGGUCCCGAGAAAAUCGCGAAGCUCUCGAGUCUCGCGGCAGCAAUCUAGAGUUCGAGCUAUGCCGCCUGCAGUUCGUGUGGCUUUUCCAUGGCGAGUCCGAUGACCAAAGUAUUCGAAAUUUGGAAGCAGCCAUGGCCUAUGCGCGGGUGGAAUUUCACGCUUUUAUACCUCGCUAUCUCCGGGAAGUUCAGCAGCUGAUGGGAGCUAUGGCCUUCACUCAGAACCUUCGAGGAUCACCAUAUGCAAACAUAUUUAACAAUCCCUCUUCAUGGGAUGAUGUGGCACAGUUCUUCACCCGUGAAUUCUGUUCAUUACUUGGUCUCUCAGCCGACUCGCCACUUUACGUGGCUGCAACGGCGGGUGCGAUUGCGCUGCCCACACUUUUGAAGUUACAGACCAUCAUGAAAUCGAAGCACACGGAAUGGACCAGUGAAAAUGAGCUUCCAGUCGAAAUCCCUCUACCCCCGUCUUAUCUAUUUCACUCAAUCUUUGUCUGUCCCGUGUCAAAGGAGCAGGCGACCGAUGAGAAUCCACCAAUGAUGAUGCCAUGCGGGCAUGUCAUCGCCGAAGAGUCACUGCGUCGACUCAGCAAGGGUAAUCGCUUUAAGUGUCCCUACUGUCCCAAUGAAAGCCAUCCGCGGGAUGCUCGGAAGAUUUUCCUUUGA